CAGAUAAAGUCAAAAACGCCCCCCUCUUUUCCCAGCCAUGCAAACUGCGGGAUGAAGCUGGAAGCUGUGGUCGAGCAGCUGCAGAAGCAGCAGCAGAAGCAGCAAACGCCUCUGCAGAUGGAUUCCAGGGAGAGACAGCAGAGGCAGAUGAGAGAAGCCCAGCUGCUCUACACCCAGCAGCUGGCGGUGCAGCAGGCUGUCCUAGCAGCCACAUCUGGCAGGGCUUCGGGUGGCUCUGCUGUUGGUCCCUUGGCCAGAGGCCCACCUGCAGCCGGAGCUACGCGGGCUUUUGAUCAGAGCAGCAUGAAUUCGGAGCCGGAAGAGGAGGAGGAGGAUGAAGAGGAGGAGGAAGAAGAUGAAGAGGAGGAAGAAGGGGGUUUGGAAGGUGGCGAUCUUGAGGAUGGCGCUGAUGUGACUGGAAAAGAAACCUGCUCUGCUCUGAAAUAUUUUCAUGCUCCCAAAGUUGCCCAUCACAACCAAAGAGUGGCCUCUACCUCGAAUCCUCUUCCUGCCUCGGGGCACCAGCGGGGACAGCAGGGCAAAGAAGAACAGGGUAAAGACACUACUAAGCCACCGUAUUCCGGUUCCCCGUCUGGGCGCCAGAACUGGCGGUUGGACGAGCAGCUCAAACAGAAUGGCAACGUGACCUGGAGCGAUGAAGGGGAUGGGUGCCGAGGAAGAGAAAUUUCACGAGACUUUGCCAAGCUCUAUGAACUGGAUAGUGACCCUGAACGGAAGGAGUUUCUGGAUGACCUCUUCAUCUUUAUGCAGAAGAGGGGAACUCCCAUCAAUCGGAUCCCCAUCAUGGCAAAGCAGAUCCUGGAUCUCUACAUGCUCUACAAGCUGGUGACUGAGAAAGGAGGGCUGGUGGAAAUCAUCAACAAGAAGAUCUGGCGAGAGAUCACCAAAGGCCUUAAUCUGCCCACCUCCAUCACCAGUGCCGCGUUCACGCUUCGAACCCAGUACAUGAAGUACCUAUAUGCCUACGAAUGUGAGAAGAAAUCCCUCAGUUCUCCUGCUGAGCUUCAGGCUGCGAUCGAUGGCAACAGGCGGGAAGGCAGGCGGCCCAGCUACAGCUCCUCUUUGUUCAGCUACUCGCCCACCACCACGGGGCCUCCUUCCCUCCUGUCUCCCCCAAAGAUCCGCUUCCCCAUCAUCGGCGUCGCGCCAGGCAGUGGGACCAGCAAUCCUCGGGUGUCUCCAGCAGCAGCUGUCAGAAAAGGUGACGGUGUGCCCUUGACUGUGUCUAUGCCAAAUCGUAUUGCUGUGCCAGUGACCUUGGCUAGCCAGCAGGCAACUGUGGCAGCAAGAACAGCCACCCUCGAGCAGCUGAGGGAGAGACUGGAGUCGGGAGAGCCCCCGGAGAAGAAGGUCUCGCGGAUGACGGAGGAGGAGCAGCGGCUUGUCCAGCAGGCUCUUCAGCGCAACCUGUUCAGCAUGGCGCGGCAGAUCCCCAUGAAGAUCAAAAUCAAUGGCAAGGAAGAUAAACCAGACUCGGCGGCGGCGGCAGCACUGAAUUUGUCACCUAACGGCAUUGGGAGUAUUAACAUGUCGGUGGAGAUUAACGGCACAAUUUACGCUGGAGUGCUCUUUGCCCAGAAGCCAGUGGUCCAUCUCAUUGCAGGCUCCAGCACCCAAAGUUCCUGCAGCAGCAGCAGCAGCUCCCACUGCUCUCCCAGCCCUACCUCAUCCCGGGGAACCCCCAGCGCAGAGCCCUCCACCAGCUGGUCUCUCUGAUGGACGGCCGAGCCUGCUGUCUCUCACACUGGCCUCCGGCAGCUCUUCCUCUCUGCUUUCGGCAGGGAGCGAGCCGGGAAGGAGUCGCACAGAUUACCUCAUCUCAAGGAACCUGCUUUUGUGGUUGGCCAACGGCAAGAUGAUGAUGAUGCUGAAACCUU